AUGGUGGUCCUUAACCUAACGCAUUUUGCAUUCGCUGCCUCUCUUCUGACCAGCGCUUUCGCUGCACCUGUUGAGAACAUCACAGCUGAGAUCACUGACCGCGACGCGCCAGAUUUCGAUAUUGGGCCGCACAGCCUCUUUGCCCGCCAGGACUACAACCAGAACUACAAGACUAGUGGCACUGUGAAUGUUUCACCCACUGGUAAUGGAUACUCUGUGUCAUUCUCAGGUGCCCAAGAUUUCGUAGUUGGAAAAGGCUGGAGCACUGGAUCUUAUACCAGAGCUGUCACAUUCUCUGGCUCUACCAGUGCUUCUGCAGGAACCGUGCUUGUCUCCCUCUACGGAUGGUCACAGAAUCCACUGAUUGAGUAUUACGUCCAGGAGUGGAGCAAUGGACAGGGUGCCGCACAAGGUACCUACUUGGGCAACUACUACACGGAUGGCGCCUACUACAACGUCUACAAACAUACCCAGUACAAUCAGCCUUCGAUUGUGGGUACUGCAACAUUCGACCAGUACAUCUCAGUCCGCCAGAGCCCCCGCCCUAACGGGGGUACCAUCACCUUUGGCAACCAUGUGUACGGCUGGCAGCAGUUUGGCCUCAAGCUGGGGCAAUUGAACUACCAGACCAUCUCGACUGAGGGUUGGGGAAAUGCCCAAGGGUACUCCCAAUACACCGUUUCGGGAUCCGGAUAG